CAACGAGCAGGAAGGAGGACAAACUGAGCUGAGAGACAAGAAGCUCCCUACUGUAUUCUUCCUUGUGUUUGUUUUAUUAUUACUAUUAUUUCCCAGCCGGUGUACACACGCCAGCACAGUGAGUGAUGUGGAAAGUAACUUUACAAGCGUUGAGUGUUUUGCUGUUGGCCUGGUUCUUCGGGAACUUUGUUCUGGGUUGGUUUCAACAGAACAACGUGAAACACAAAACGCAGCAGCAGCAGCAGCAGCAGAGCAGCAGCGAGGAGGAUCCGGAUCCGAGCAGAGCUGCAGACAGCAGCAGGGACCAGGACCAGGACCAGGACCAGGACCAGAGCUGCUUCUGCCAUCUGACGGGAGUCCUGGAUGACUGCUUCUGUGACGUCGAAAGCAUCGACGUCUUCAACAACUUCAAGAUUUACCCUCGAAUCAAGAGGCUGACAGAGAAAGACUACUUCAGAUACUACAGAGUGAACUUGAAACGACCGUGUCCCUUCUGGCCCGACGACGGACAUUGUGCCAUCAAAGACUGCCAUGUGGAGCCCUGUCCAGAGAGUCAGAUCCCGGUGGGCAUUAAGUCUGGCAACUACAACAAGUACUCCCAUGCAGCGAAUACAGUAUCGGACGUGACAGAGUGUGAACAGGCCAAAGAGCUGGGCGCCAUCAACAGCACCUUGAGUAACCAGACUAAACAGGCGUUCGCUGACUGGACGAGACACGACGAUGCUCAGGACUACUUCUGUGAGCUGGAUGAUGAAACCGCUCCAGAUUCUGAGUAUGUGGAUCUGCGUCUGAAUCCGGAACGAUUCACUGGAUACAAGGGUCCUUCGGCCUGGAGAGUCUGGAACAGCAUCUACGAGGAAAACUGCUUCAAGCCCAGAUCCGUGUACCGACCUCUGAACCCUCUGGCUCCGAGCAGAGGAGACGACGAUGGAGAGGGUUUCUACACAUGGCUCGAAGGUUUGUGUUUAGAGAAGAGAGUUUUCUACCGACUCAUCUCGGGCCUCCACAGCAGCAUCAACAUCCACCUGUGUGCCGAGUACCUGCUGGACGAGGGUUGGGGUCGGUCCGUGUGGGGUCCAAACGCUCAGGAGUUUCGUCAGCGCUUCGACACGGCAGAGACGAAGGGCGAGGGCACACGGCGGCUGAAGAACCUCUACUUCCUGUACCUGAUCGAGCUGCGGGCACUCUCCAAGGUGGCUCCGUACUUCGAACGAGCGUUCAUCAACCUGUACACUGGGAACAGGAAGGAGGACGGAGCCACCAAGGACCUGCUGCUGCAGGUCUUCAAAGAGAUCAAAACUUUCCCAAUGCACUUUGAUGAGAAGUCCAUGUUCGCCGGACACAAAAUUGAAGCCAAAAUAUUAAAGGAGGAAUUCCGCCUCCAUUUUAAAAACAUCUCCAGGAUCAUGGACUGCGUCGGCUGCAGUAAAUGUCGACUGUGGGGAAAACUGCAGACUCAGGGGCUGGGUACAGCUCUGAAGAUCCUCUUCUCUGAGAAGGAGAUCCAGAACCUUCCUGAACACAGCCCAUCUAAAGGUUUCCAGCUGACCCGACAGGAGAUCGUGGCCUUACUGAACGGCUUCGGCAGGUUGUCCACCAGUAUACAUCAGCUCCACAGUUUCCGCCUGCUGUUGAAGGACAACAGGUAACAGAAGGUGAUGUCUCACCUGGCCAGUAGGCGGUGCCAGCCCCCAGAGAACUGCAAUAGUCCAUUCCUUGCCCAGGAGAAAGCCUUUUUCAUGGACAUCAGGCUCAGCAGUGAACACCCCCACAAACACUCUCUCUACUCCCAUUAAUCUCUCUCUUCUUUCCCUUCUGUACCUCCUCCUCUUCCUCCUCUUUUUCCCCCUCCGGUAGAUCAUGAAUGUUAACUCUUCUGCCUCCUCUCGCCUACGUCAUAAAAGUCUCCAGGUUCUGACAACUUUA